AUGUUCCCCUUAGCUGACGUUUUGGCAGUAGCCAAAAUCCACCCCUUUUACAACGAAGGUGUGGAAUAUCCUCCUGAUCAAAUAGCCAUCCAGAAAGCCUUGCGCUUGGGUGCAGAACAGGCCAAGGAAAUCACGCUCGAAUCAUUCCCUUUAUUGACAAAAAAAGACCUGUACCAUGUUAUCGACCGCCUUCUUAAGGACCCGAGUACGGGGAAUGAAUUUCGACGCAGCGCGUACCUAAGCACGACAGGCGGAGGCUCUGGAGCGUUACCCCUGAUGUUUGCAACGGACACGAUUGAGAAUCGCAGACACAGAGCGGACUUUGGGGGUUUCAUGAGGGCCUGUCAGGUGAUUGACUCCGGAGAUAUGGUUCUAACAACACACACUUCUGGCCACCUUUAUCGUUCGCUUGAUCUUAUUAGCGAGCUUCUGGAGAACGCAGGCGCUUCCGUUCUCUGUGCUGGAAGCCGUAUGCCAACCGCUGAAGUUGUCGAAGUGCUUGGCCAUUACCAUGCAAAUGUGUUGACUGGUGAUAGCAGUCAAAUUGUUCAGGUCGUGCACCAUAUCUCGACUCUUCCUCCCGAACAGAAAAAGGAUAUCCGGCUGACCAAGGUGAUUUAUACAUCUGACGCGCUGACCGAAGCACAAGAAAGCUACAUCAUCUCAGUCUUGGGCCGCAUCAAAAUCCUCUCAAUCUUGGGCAGCGCUGAAGCAGGACCAUUUGCGAUUAGUAAUCCAGAACUCACAACAGAAAGCCCUCCAAAAGGUAGAAGAGACUUCAUCUUUGAUACUCGUGCCAUGAUGAUCGAAAUCCAUCAGCCUGCUGUUAUACAAGAUGACUCUCACCCUUGCGGGAAACAACUACCACUUGGUGAGCAGGGCAUUAUAAUCCAAACAUCGCUUCAGCGCCUGCGCAACCCGAUAGUGAAGUACAUCACGGGCGACAUUGGAUCUCUCCAUUCCAUUUCUGAUAGAGCGCGGGGGAAAAUUCCUGAGGCAGAAAUAAAGCAUUUUCAAGUCCUCCGCCUUGAAGGACGUGAUCGUCGAUUCAGCUUCAAAUGGUUUGGGGAAUAUUUCAAUUUCCAGAGUGUUAGCGACCUGAUGCAAAGCGCGCGAACAGGAGUUUUAGAAUGGCAAAUUAUCCUCGAUAGUCUUAGCUCAUCGCCGCAGGGGACUUUAGAGGUUCGGAUCUUUCGCGCGGCAGAUGGCGGCCACAUCUCACCCAGGGAAGAUUUUGUUAGAAUGAUUGAGUCUUUCUUUUGGGUUUUUCCUGAGAAUCGACACCUUUUUCGGGUCGUAUUCAUGAAUGGGCUUGAAGGAUUUGAGAAGAGUAGUACUGGUCGCAAGAUUAUCAGGUUUGUGGAUAGAUUCAAUUGA